AUGGCCUUGAUUUCACCGCGCCAACUUUCGAUUGUUAAGAAUUAUGUUAUUCAGACGCCGCUUCUUCGGUUUCAUCCAUGGCACACACUUCGAAUGGCGAUUCGCAGUAUUGCCACAUCGAGAGUCAAACUUCUCGUGUUGGUGUGCACAUUACUGUUUACAGUUCACGUUUUGAUUUACGAGAUUCCAGUGCUCUAUUAUGCUUCUGAUAUGAGUUCAACCACGAUAAUCGAAAAUGUGAAUGCUCUUGAUGCCGUUCUUAGUAAUACGGCAACAUCUGAAAGUUGGUUCACUUCGGAUCUGAUGAAUUCAACAUUUUCACCGUCGCCGUUUGGAGGGAACACAUCGUCUUUUAUACAAGACCUUCAAUUAUUGGUCGCCGAUGAGCAAUCGAAACCGCAUUGCAAUAAGACACCUCCGGGCCUCGUCGGCCCAAUUAGGGUUUUCGAAGAUGAGCCAACUGACGGGGAAAUGGAGAAAAUGUUCGCACAUUUGCAUAUGGGUGGACAUGGAAAACCGCAGGAAUGCACUUCAUGGCAUAGGGUUGCGAUCGUUAUCCCAUUUAGAGAUCGAAUAUCUCAUCUUCGAAUCCUUCUUCAUAAUUUACAUUCGCUUCUAACAAAGCAACAACUCGAUUAUGCGAUAUUUGUGAUAGAACAAGUAGCAAAUCAGACGUUCAAUCGGGGAAAAUUGAUGAAUGUGGGAUACGAAGUUGCUUCGCAAUUGUAUCCCUGGCAGUGUUUCAUCUUUCAUGACGUCGAUCUGCUUCCAGAAGAUGAUCGAAAUUUGUACGCAUGUCCGAUAAUGCCUCGUCAUAUGAGUGUUGCGAUUGACAAGUUCUCUUAUAAGUUGCCGUAUUCUACAAUUUUUGGCGGAAUCAGCGCGCUAACUCGAGAGCAUUUCGUCAAAAUCAACGGAUUCUCCAAUGAUUUUUGGGGCUGGGGAGGAGAGGAUGAUGAUUUAGCGACGAGGACUCAUGAGGCGGGUUUGUCCGUUUCGAGGUAUCCGGCGCAAAUUGCUCGAUAUAAAAUGAUCAGGCAUAAGCAAGAAAGCACGAAUCCCGUUAAUAAGUGUCGAUAUAAACUUAUGGGUCGAACUAGAUAUAGAUGGCAGCGUGAUGGUGUCAAUUCUUUAAAGUAUAAACUGCUGAAUUUAGAAUUCAAAAAGCUUUAUACCCAUGUAUACGUGGAUUUGCUCGAAAAAUCUAGUCGUAAACAAUUGCGUCGUGAAUUCCCAACGUGUUAUGGUUAG